CAUAGGUGCAAUAAGCAAAUACAAUCUGCUGUCGGUCCCCGGUAUCGCAAUGAGCGAGACUCAAGAGACUGAACAUGUCCAUGCUGUAGGAUCACGCUGUCCAUGCCGUCCUCUUCAACGUAGAUCGCACAAGAAGUCUCGAAAUGGCUGCCAAAAUUGCAAGCGGCGAAAGAUCAAGGUCAGUCCGAGUUGCUUUCCUGACCCCUAUUACCAUUGUCGCGUCCCUUAACAAGACCUCAUGCCAUAGUGUGAUGAGAACAAACCUGCCUGCAAAAAAUGCUCUCAUCUCUCGUUGCCCUGCAGCUUUGAUUCUGCGACCAAUGCAGGAACAAAAACAAUGGUCGUUCCUACUGGCCCACGCCAACGAGGCCGGCCCCUUACGUGGACACCGGAUUUAGAUACUUCCACCGGAGCUUUAGCACUAGUUCCCAUCGACCCCAAGCUCUCAUCGCCCGAGACGCCGAGCCAGCAAAGCUUGCCAUUAAAUGUUGACGACCUUCGACUUUAUCAUCACUACAUUACUGUGGCCUCACUCACCUUUGGAGAUGAUGUUAUGUGGCGUGAUAAAAUCCCACGCCUCGCUUUCGACAAUCAUUUCAUCCUUCACCUGAUGCUCGCUCUUUCUGCGCUCCAUCUAGCGCGGCUUCAAACCAUGGAAGCAACCAAGUAUGAGCAAUUGGCCGAGCAACAUCACUCCAUAGCUCUGUCUCAUGUCACCAACUUGCUUCCUCAAAUCAAACGAGAAAAUUGCUCAGCAUUGUACGUUGCCACUGUGCUUAUUUGUAACUACGCCUUCGCAAAGCCACCUCAGAAAGGCCACCUUCUUGUUCAAGCAGAUGGAACUGAAACCGCUUGGUGGAAUCUCUUUCGCGGCGUUCGCUUCGUCAUCGAGACCAUGGGUUUAUCGGCAAUAUUUUCGGGUCCUAUUGGUCCCUUUCCCCCGGAAACCACGUCAAACAUACCACCGCCCGUGGGUAGAACUGGAUAUAUCGCUUGGGAAAAGCCUCUCGCCGACUUAAGCACAAUGAUUCACAACUCUCAACCCUCUGGGCUUCCAAAUCUACUAGAACUUUAUGAGUCUCUUGUAUGCUGUUUUAGUGAUGUCUUUGGAACUGCCGAGCAGCCUCAAGACGUUACGCAUGGGAGAAUGCAUAUCGUCAUGCGGUGGGUAUGGUUUUUAGAAGAUGACUUUACAAAGCAGGUCGAGAAACUGAAUCCUCAAGUUCUAGUUCUGCUAGCUUACUUCUCUGUACUAGUUCAAACGUUAGAAUGCUUUUGGUAUAUGAGAGGGUGGGGUUAUCGCAUUUUGGAGAGCAUCGCGGAGCAGCUUGACCCAGGCUACGCUGCAUGGAUAAUUUGGCCACAGGAUCAGUUGGAUCUGGGUUGCCCCAAUGAUUUAUCUAGCCUGGACUGAUGUCUGUUUAAUCUUCACGUUUAUCCUACAUGCCAUAGCCAAGGUAUCAGCCUAGUCAUUUCCCUUCUUUAUAUAGACCAACUUGUUUAUCAGUGACAUCGACAGUUGGAUCCCACGCAGCAUUGCGAGGGAGCUGACCGUUGUACUUAUUGAUACCAAGAAUGGCGGGUCAUCUCCAUGCAUUGAGGAUCCCAGCACCAUUGAUUAGCCACUCGCACUCGUGCUCAAAAACGCUGUUGUCAGGUCCUCGGAUAGAGACCACUCAGCAGGUUCGUUCUCUCAAUCCACGUUGCGCCUAACACCCCGUGUUGUGUUUGGAUAUACUUGUUCAAUCCAUAUUUGUUGGUGAAAGUGUAGAAGGAGUUAAAGAUCUUAACUGGGGACGCAUAGUUGGCAGACUAGUGAGAAUUG